AUGUAUCGUAAUCAAUUGGCUAGAGCUUCAUUAAGAUCGACCAGUUCAAUUAACCAAAUUCGUAAUAUGAUUACAGCACAAGCAGUUGUAUAUGCCCAACAUGGGGAACCUAAAGAUGUCUUAAAGACUCUCAAAUAUGAGAUUGACGAUGACAAUCUCGAUUCUAAUUCCAUUAUUGUCAAGACUUUAGGGUCACCAGUUAACCCAUCGGAUAUUAACCAAAUACAGGGGGUAUAUCCUUCGAAACCAGAAAAAACCACUGAGUUAGGCUCCAAUGAACCAGUCGCAGUUUGUGGUAAUGAAGGUUUGUUUGAAAUUCUUAAGGUAGGAGACAAUGUUUCAAACUUCAAGGUCGGUGACUGGUGUGUUCCAACAUCGGUGAACAUGGGAACCUGGAGAACUCACAUGUUAUGCGGAGGUGAUGAGAUGACCAAGAUUCCUAAUCCUGAGCAAUCCAAAGCUAACGGAAAACCUAGUGGAUUAUCUGUCAACCAAGGGGCUACAAUUUCGGUUAAUCCUUUAACGGCUUACUUGAUGUUGACUCAUUACGUUAAACUAACUCCAGGUAAGGAUUGGUUUAUUCAAAACGGUGGCAAUUCAGCCGUUGGUAAGUAUGCUACCCAGAUCAGUAACUUGUUAGGAAUCAACUCGAUUUCUGUUAUCAGAGAUAGACCAGACCUUCAAGACUUGAUCAAGAACAUGACCGAAGAAUGUGGUGCCACUAAAGUUAUUACCGAAGAGCAAAACGCAUCAAAAGAGUUUGGCAGUGAAAUCAAAUCAUGGGUAAAGGAAACUGGCGGUGAAAUCAAGCUAGCCUUGAAUUGUGUUGGGGGCAAAAACUCCACUGGAAUUGCCAGAAAAUUGAAUAAUAAUGGGUUGAUGUUAACCUACGGUGGUAUGUCGAUGCAACCUGUUAUCUUGCCAACUUCUUUGCACAUUUUCAAGAACAUUACUUCGUCCGGAUUCUGGGUUACCCAAUUAUUGAAGAACGAUGUGGAAUUGAAGCGCAAGACAUUGGGCCAAAUCAUCGAAUGGUACGAAAAUCGCCAAUUAAAGGAUGCUCCUUCGAAGGAAACUAAGUUCAACCCAAGCGACGAGUUGAGUAGGUACUACAUUGAUGGUAUUGUGAACUCAAAGGGUGGUAAACAAUUAAUUGUGUAUUAA